ACGAGUUAAUACGAUUAGCUCCACUUCACUGUAACAUACACUGUUAUAUUUGGUAUUUCUCCGUCAGAAACAUGAGCUGAGGGGGAUUUUUUUUGUCGACAGAGUGCGCUGCUUCUCUGCUUUUUUAGCGUUGAUAAGUUAACGUCAAAGUGACUCGGUAUGACUAGAAACUGAAAGAAGCCACUUGUUCAUCAUUUAAAUAAAGACUAGACCCGUUUUUAUCCGUAAACAGGAGAUAUUCUCUCAUAACAGACAGUGGAGAGUAGACCACUAACCCGCGAUGUAUAUUCAUGCCGUUGCUGAGCUAGUACUGAACUAUUGAACUAGCUACAACAUUGUUUAGGGCGGUGCAGGUCGUUGAUAACAACAAUACAGAUUGUGACCAUGCAGUUCCUGGGCCGGCUGUUGGACACAGUGUCCUCUGUGUCAACCCUCUUCACCAACCCGUACAGGGUCAGGGAUGUGCCGCUGUCAGACUAUGGCAGAGGAGGCAAAGUCAUGCUGAAAGAGGAGGGGCGGAUGGUCCUGUACAGAAACACCCAGUGUCAGUCAUGGGACUGUCUGCUCAUGUGCCCUGAGACGCCCACCAUGACCCUGAGGCUGUUUCAGGUGGCGUCAGAGGAAGAUGCCAUGAACUGGUUCCCCCAAUAUGCCCUCAAGCUUCGCCCCUUCUAUGAGACACUUCCUCUGAAGGCAGAGGCCGCCCAGCCUAUUGUGGACUGUAUCCGAAGCCACCCGGACUGGAGUUCGGCCCACAUUGCGGUGGAGACGGGCCUGAGAGAUUGUCUCAAACACAACUAUGUCCAGAGUCAGAUCAAUGCCCGCGAUGCAUCAGGUCAAACACCGCUGCACCGGGCGUGUGAGCGAGGCGACUCAGCGUGUGUGAAGGAGCUGCUGGAGGAAAGCCAGGCUCGCACCGACAUCAAGGACCGCAACGGAGAGACACCACUACACUUUGCUGCUAAGCAGGAUUCUCCUGCCAUCAUCCAGAUCAUGUGUUCGCGGUUGUGCUCGGGGGUGAACGAGCUGAACAAUGACGGGGAGACGCCUCUUCAUGUCUCCUGCCGCCUUGGACGCAUUGAGUCCGUCAAAGCUCUGUUGGGGGGUGGAGCAAAGUGUGAUGUCGUUGGCGGAGCAGGCUAUGCCAUCCACAGUGCCAUGAAGUACAGUGAGAAGGGCUGUGUGGAGGAGAUCCUCAAAGCCGACCCAGGCCAGCUCCAGGCCGAGGACUCUUUGUAUGGAGGGACGCCUCUGCACUGGGCCAAAACUGCUGAGAUGUGCCGUAUACUGUUGGAACACGGCUGUGCAGUCAACUACCUCAGUAAGACCGGAGAGAGCCCCCUCCAUAUUCUGACCAAGAAGGGCCGCUUUGAGGCGGCCAUGGUGCUGCUCACCCACGGAGCGAAUGCCAACCUGAAGGGCCAGGAUGGAAACACAGCUCUGCACUUAGCUAUGAAGAUGGACCACAUGGACUUGAUCAAAGCACUGAUUGUGUUCGGGGCUGAUGUGGAGAUCCACAACGACCUGGGAGAAACACCUGGACUCAUCGCUGCUCGCACCAGCAAAGGUCCUAAUAGAAAGAUACUGCUGGACAUGUUGUGUAAUGUGGGGGUCCAGCGGUGCCUCCCACCCUCCCCUGGCAGUCCACCCCCCAUCUCCAAGCCUGGAGGCAUAGGGUUUGAGGACAUCAUGUAUGUGGGGGCUGCAGUAGGUGCAAUGAGCAGAGGCAAGUCUGAAGUGGAUGGCCCCAAAAUGGAGAUGAAGAUGGACCGGCUCCUGUGUCUGGAUGGCGGAGGUAUUAAAGGCCUGGUGUUGAUCCAGAUGUUGAUCGCUCUGGAGAGGGAGGCCGGUCGGCCCACCAGAGAGCUUUUCGACUGGGUGGCUGGCACCAGCACUGGGGGCAUUUUGGCCCUCGCUAUAAUCCAUGGUAAAUCCAUGGAGUACCUGCGCUGCCUGUACUUUAGGAUGAAGGAACAAGUGUUCAGAGGUUCACGACCUUAUGAAUCAGCACCGCUGGAGGACUUCCUGAAGAAAGAGUUUGGCGAGAACACCAAGAUGACAGAUGUCCGAUAUCCCAGGGUGAUGGUGACCAGUGUUCUAGCAGACAGACAUCCAGGCGAGCUGCACAUCUUCAGGAACUAUGACCUUCCCUCCGUCCACAGAGAGCCUCCGUAUGCCACCACUGCCACAUUCAAACCGCUCACCAUCCCACAAGGAUGGGAGGAUGAGGAUGUGUUGAUAGUAGGAUACACAGAAGAGCCACCCAGAAAGCGUAGGAAGGUGACAGAUGAAGAACAACUUGUUUGGCGGGCUGCCCGCUCAAGCGGCGCUGCACCCACCUACUUCCGACCAAUGGGACGCUUUCUGGAUGGAGGGCUGCUGGCCAAUAACCCGACGCUAGACGCCAUGUCAGAAAUCCAUCAGUACAAUAAAGCCUUUAAAGCAGAGGGCCACGGGAACCAAACCAAGAAGUUGGGCAUCGUGGUCUCUCUUGGUACAGGUAAACCUCCUCAGGUGGUGGUGAGCUCUGUGGAUGUUUUCCGACCCUCCAACCCUCUGGAGCUGGCGAAGAGCAUCGUAAGCGCCAAGGAGCUUGGAAAGAUGCUGGUGGACUGCUGUACAGACUCUGAUGGCUGUGCGGUGGACAGAGCCAGAGCGUGGUGUGAAAUGAUUGAUACCAUCUACCACAGAUUAAGUCCCCAGUUGUCUCAGGAGGUUUUGUUGGAUGAGGUGAGUGACUCAGUCCUGGUGGACAUGAUGUGGGAAACCCAGAUGUACUUGUUUCAGAAGAGGGAAACCCUCCAGUCCCUGGCAAAGCUGCUACUGGACAAUUGAAGGUGCAAGAAAAUCACAAGGAGCGGCUUGGAAGAUGGGACCAUGAGAGUAGAUGUGUUGGAGAAUAUGAGAGCAAAAGGCAGUCCCAAGAGUGCUGUCAGGGACGAGAGUGACCGGACGAGGGACAAAGAUUAGCGAGCCAUGUGUCUGAUAUAAGACUGUCGUGUCUGUGUGGGUGUGCUCUUCCUUUCAAACAUCCUUCAGAUGAUGUGACCACAAUGACUAUCCUUUCCCAGCUGAGAUGUCAGAACAUGGUUGCAAAUACGUGAGACACUGACUGACACUUGACGUAGCCUAUUGAAGGCAAGUUAUGUAGCAUCAUGUGACCUUAACCCUGUCCCAGUCACCAUCACGGUGAAGCGAGUUUACUCUUUGUGUGUAAACCAGUGGGGGAGAGCAUGGAGUGUUUCCCUCUUUUGGUAUGUGAAGAACAAGGGCAGUGUAGGAGGAAGUGUCACAACCAAAUAAAACUGGAAGUGGCACAGACUGACUGUGAUGAUGUCAGCUAACUGUCAACCUCCCACAGCCCAUUGUGUGGGUAACACAGAGCAUUACUCAUUGAGAUAAAUCUCCCUAUUCCCACCCACUCAUGGUCGUCUUUUUCUUUUUUUAACCAAAGUAUCUGCACUGACACUAAAUAUACUGACAUUUCCCAUGAUGCCAUAUCAUCAAUGGGACCCUGUAGUCCUACUGUAGCACAGCUGGGAUAAUGGUGAUGAUGAAAUCUGCCUUAUGUGUCUGGGACCCAAACUUGUACCUUUCUUUUUCUCCACAUGACACUUUCAUGCCUUUACUCUGUAAGUUCUUUAUUCGUCUUGGCUUUUAACACAGUAUUUAACUUAUUAAACAACCACUGAUAACUUGCUUGCAAACUGUAUACACUCUUGAAUCCUCUUUGUCUAAUGUCAAAGUGACUCGAGCACAUGUUUAACAUGCACUGUUACAACUGGACUUGAUAUUAAAACUUGAAUUUUCAAUGAAUGGAAGGACAAGGAUAAAAAGUCUGACUGCUGCUUGCACAACAUAAACUAGAGGUUACAAAUUUCCUAUGUUUUUUGUAUUCAGAAUAAUUAUUGAAGUGUAUACUGCUCUGGUAAUAAAACAUAUUAAUGUGGACCAAAUCUUA